AUGGGCGACCCGGAAAGGCCGGAAGCAGCCAGGCCCGAGCAGGAUGAGAGGUUAUCUUCAGAUACCAAUGAAAUGGAAGUGAAGUCUAAUGAAGAGCCACUCCUAAGAAAGAGUUCUCGCCGAUUUGUCAUCUUUCCCAUCCAGUACCCUGAUAUUUGGAAAAUGUAUAAACAGGCACAGGCAUCCUUCUGGACAGCAGAAGAGGUUGACUUAUCAAAGGAUCUCCCUCACUGGAACAAGCUUAAAUCAGAUGAGAAGUAUUUUAUCUCUCACAUCUUAGCCUUUUUUGCAGCCAGUGAUGGAAUUGUAAAUGAAAAUUUGGUGGAGCGCUUUAGUCAGGAGGUGCAGUUUCCAGAGGCUCGCUGUUUCUAUGGUUUUCAAAUUCUCAUCGAGAAUGUUCACUCAGAGAUGUACAGUUUGCUUAUAGAUACUUACAUCAGAGAUCCCAAGAAAAGGGAAUUUUUAUUUAAUGCAAUUGAAACAAUGCCAUAUGUUAAGAAAAAAGCAGAUUGGACCCUGCGAUGGAUAGCAGAUAGAAAGUCUACUUUUGGGGAAAGAGUGGUGGCCUUUGCUGCUGUGGAAGGAAUUUUCUUCUCAGGAUCUUUUGCUGCUAUAUUCUGGCUAAAGAAGAGAGGUCUCAUGCCUGGACUCACGUUUUCCAAUGAACUGAUCAGCAGAGAUGAAGGACUUCACUGUGACUUUGCUUGCCUAAUGUUUCAAUACUUAGUAAAUAAGCCUUCAGAAGAAAGGGUGAGGGAGAUCAUUGUUAAUGCUGUCAAAAUUGAGCAGGAGUUUUUAACAGAAGCCUUGCCAGUUGGCCUCAUUGGAAUGAACUGUGUUUUGAUGAAACAGUAUAUUGAGUUUGUAGCUGACAGAUUACUUGUGGAACUUGGAUUCUCAAAGAUUUUUCAUGCAGAAAAUCCCUUUGAUUUUAUGGAAAACAUUUCUUUAGAAGGGAAAACAAACUUCUUUGAGAAACGAGUUUCAGAGUAUCAGCGUUUUGCAGUUAUGGCAGAAACCACAGAUAACGUCUUCACCUUGGAUGCAGAAUUUUAAAACUCUCCCCUAUUUAAAGACCCUAUAACCUCUCAUUGCAUGAAGAAUCAUGGCCUGGAAGGACUUAGGAAGACAAUUUGAUCCAGUGCUUUCAGACAGGGCUGGGUUUUGCUGUCCAGUUACAUACAGUAAUUAACAAUUAUUUACACAAUAUAAGCUGACCUUAACAAUAUCUUGUUAAAUGAAAAUUUUAUAGUCAUUUCAUUUUGGAAUAUCCAGAUUAUUCUGCUUCUUUUGGCAUUUUUUUCAUUUGUUCAUGGAGAAAGUACUGAAAAAAUAUUAUAUAUAUUUAAAAAAUAAGUUAUUUAAUAUUCAGAAUUUUGCAUUUUACAUUUAAGUAUGAUAACAUUACUGUCAUAGACUUCCAGAUUUCCUUUGUACAGCUUAAGUGAAGAGUUAAAUAUCAUGAAUGCUGAUGGGCUGCAUGAAAGCCAAAUCAAGCCUAUAAUUAGGUAUCAAGAUUUCGAACCAGGUUGAGUGAAUGGGUGGCCAACUCAGAGCAGAAUCUGGAGGAAUGGCACAGAAGGUUCUAUUUUUCUCACUAUUUACCUUUAAAUGGUCUGUUCCUUUGUAAACUGCUGUAGGUUUGAAGAAUAAUCUGAUAUUCUUGAGGUCUUAGGAAAGGAUUUAAUCAUUGAAU